AUGGACAGCAAUCGCCACAACGCCGAUUUGUAUACCAAGUACAAGCUCUAUUUCAACCUGUUGCAGUCCAAAAUCUCCCAAUACGACGUUGAUGCUGAGCACACAUACAAUAUGGAUGAGAAGGGCUUUAUGAUUGGAGUCACCACCAGGACCAAGCACGUCUUCAGUAGACGUAUGUGGGAGAAGAAGGAGGUUACAGCAACUACUCAAGAUGGUAAUCGUGCCUGGGUGACGCUUGUAGCGUGUGUGUGUGGGGAUGGAUUGGCACUGCCACUAGGCUGUUACGAUCCUACAUCCCACAAUAGGACAACAAGCAAUAAGUCCGCCAACCAAACACGGAGGCCUGGGGGAAGGCGCAGCAGGACAAGGCCGCCCGGCCGGCGCCUAGGGGAUUGCUCUCAGCCGAGCUGA